UCAAUGAUAAGAAUAAAGAUUGUUAAUAUUACCACAGAUAAAAUAAAUAAGUUUUAUCUUAUCUAUGGUAUUACUUAUUUUGUUACUCAGUUUUAAAAUUAAACAUUAAAUUAUUUUAAAAUAUGAAUCCUUGUAAUAUCCCAUCAGUACCAAUUAUUGAAGAGGAGAAAUGGAGAUUACAACACAAAAUACACAUCACUAAAGCCAAUUCAAGUGAUCCUGAUGUUUUGCUUAUUGGGGCAUCAAUAAUAGAAUUUAUUCAGUAUCAUCCUAUUUGGAAAGAAAAAUUCAUUCCUCUAAAUAGUGUAAACUUUGGAAUAGCUGGUGAUUGUACACAAAAUGUAUUAUGGAGAGUAAAAAAUGGAAUUUUAGAUAAUAUAAAACCUAAAGUAUGUAUUCUUAAUGUUGGAUCAAAUAAUUUGGAAAAUUUACCUGAAGAUGUUGUUAGUGGAAUAUUAGCUAUAGUAUAUGAAAUAAAAUUGAAAAUUCCCAAAUGUUUUAUAAUUAUAAUAGGUAUUUUACCACGUGGUCCUCGUCCUAAUAAUUUAAGAGAAAUUGGUACUCAAAUAAAUACAAUUUUAAGUCAAAACAUUAAAUCAAUUUCUCAAGUCGAAUUAUUUAUUCCUAAUUUACUACAAGAAGAUGGUAUUUUAAGUGAAAAAGAUGCUCCAGACUUUCUACACCCAUCAGAAUCUGGCUAUCAAAAAAUAUUUAACCCUAUUUUACCUAGAGUUUCAGCUAUUUUAAAUAAUUAAUUAAUAGUGUUUGUAGAUCUAUCAUUAUAUUAAGAUAUUUUUUGAGUAAAACAAUUUAUCAUUAAAGUUCUGUAUAUUUUAUUUAUUGAAAUUAUUAUAUAUUUUUUAAAUAAUAAAGUGAGAAUUCUUCAGAUGAUA